CAGAGACAGACAUACAGAGAGAGAGAGAGAGAGAGAGAGAGAGGAAGAGGAGUGAAGUGGAGCAAUGCAUGGAAAUUCAAUACGAUGAACACAACACAAACAUCAAUUGCAACAAUUUUGGCGAGCAUAUCGAAAAAUCAGCUCGACGCAAUGGAAAACUAAAAUACCAAAAAGAACUUUAAGCAUACACAAAACGCAUUCAGAGAUACGGUUUCGGUUUAGUUAGAUAAGCCAGUCGAAAUCAUUGACUGAGAGCAGGCAAAAAACUUCUCCUACUCGAUUCCACCUCCAAAAUAGCACAUAAAAAAGCCGCAACGCGCAAUUGCCACACGAUGUGCAGCAGCAACAAUAAAAAUAACAGUAACAGGAACGGGAACGGGAACAGGAACAGGAACAAGGAGCUACUGCUGUGGAUUGCCUUGGCUGGCGUUGUCCUGACACUGAAUAUGCCAGGCAACCUUGCUGAACAACACCCGGCGACAGCUGAUGAAGGUCCUCUAUCGGAGGUGCUCACAGCUGUCGGUUCAGAGGUGGCUCUGCCUUGUGAUCUAAUGCCCGGCACAAUGAUCGCCGAUAAAGUUCAAAUCGUUAUUUGGUAUCGUGAGGGAAAUGUGAAACCCAUCUAUAGCUUCGAUGCGAGAGGUCGACCACUACACCAGGCGGUGCCCUGGGCCGAUGAAAAUGUCUUCAACAAAAAGGCUCACUUCUACUAUGACACAAAUCCGCCGGCUUUGCGCAUCAAGAACAUUCAGACCACAGAUGCUGGGCUCUACAAAUGUCGCGUUGAUUUCCAUAAAUCACCGACGCGCAAUUGGCGCAUUAAUGUGACAGUCCUUGUGCCACCCACUCAGUUGACCAUACUGGACCAUCACGGGGCCGCGGUCCGAGAUCAAACGGCCGGACCCUAUCUCGAGGGUGAUAGCAUCAAUUUGACCUGUCUGUCCAGCGGGGGUGUUCCCCCGCCACGGGUAUCCUGGUGGCGUGAACACGCUCUUGUCGAUGACUCCUUUCAGGUGCUGCCGGAUGGCUCGGUGCGCAAUGCCCUCCACCUGAAGAAUAUACAGCGGAAGGAUCUGCUAACGAUGUACACCUGCCAGGCGACCAAUGGCCAUGUUGUUCCGGCAUUGACCAAAAAAGUUAUACUCGAUAUGAACUUGCCGCCAUUAAGUCUGCUGCUGCAGGGUCUCAAUCAUGCCGUUGUUGCUGGCACACGCACCCAUGUGACCUGCACGGCAAUCGGUGCUCGUCCUCCUCCCCAUAUUAUCUGGUCGAAGGCUGGUCAGAUACUGAAGGGUGCCUCACAGUCGACUGCCUCAGAUGGAAACACUACCAUAUCGGAGCUAAUGCUCAUACCCGUGCCAGAGGACAAUGAGAGGCAAGUGGUCUGCUCCAUUGCACUCAACUCGGGCAUCACAUCGCAGCAGCUGCACGAAGGUGAUACGACAGUCAUGACAACCCUGGGCAAUGGCAAUAUGGGUCUCUUUCUGAAGGACUCCCGUGUGCUCAACGUGACUCAUGCACCCAUUGUUAUUCUGAAUUUGGGCGCUCCACUCGACCCAAACAAUUUACUUAAGGGUUCCGAUGUCUAUCUGGAGUGUGAUGUGCGUGCUAAUCCCGCCAUCACACGUGUCGAAUGGUAUCACAAUGACAAACAAUUGCACUCGUCUCGCGGCAUCAUCAUAUCGAAUCAAACGCUGGUGCUACAGGGUAUUUCCAAGUCCUCACACGGCCAAUACUUUUGCCGAGCGACGAACCUGCAGGGCAGCGUGUCCAGCAAUGAAGUUUACCUCGAUGUGAAAUAUCCGCCCGUGUGCAAGUCGGAAUCGACGAUUAUACGCGCUGCACUCAAGCAGACAAUCAACAUUACCUGCGAGGUGGACGCGAAUCCACUCGAUAAUCUAAAUUACAAGUGGCACUUCAACAACUCGCUGGAGAAUCUCAUUGAGUUGCCGCAGGUGGGGCAGCUGCUGCUGCUCCCUGCCGCACUUAGCCUGCCACCGGAGUUGUCUUCCGGCAAUGGCGGAUAUUAUCAGCGCAGCAAACGGAAGCACACACACGCCACCAGCAGCAGCAGCGGCGCUAGCAGCAGCGGGCAACGGUUGCUUCAUGGCCGACAUGGACGCGUCGCCAGCAUUGUGGACAUGACGGCCAGUGUCCGUUUCGAGGAUGAAUACGACCUGGAGCACGAGCAGGAGCACGAGCACCAGCACGAGUUCGAUGGCUAUACGGAUUAUGUGGAGCAACCGUACACGCAAAUGGUCUACUCCAACAUGGUGCACAAGAAUCACGUGGACAACAAGCAGCCGCAGCGCAAACAGCUGCUGCAACAGCAGCAGCAACAGCAGCAGCUCCUUCAGAACCCCAGCGAAUCGGGUAGCAGUGGACAACAGUUGUUGUUGGCGGAACGAAAGCGAUUGGCGGCAUUGCACAAGCAGCAGCAUCAUCGCCAACAGCUGGCCACGCCCACAACGACGAGUGCGCCCCCAUUGAACAAUGUCUACAGCUACCAUGUUGAGAGCUACGAGAGCUUUGGCGCCAUUUCCUGCGUGGCCAACAGCCCGAUGGGCCACAGCCAGCCCUGUUGGUAUCACAUUCAGCCCGCAGACCUGCCCGAACCGGUUAAGAAUUGUACGGCGUACAAUGCGACAGCGAAUUCGUUGCAGAUACAAUGCGUGCCGGGCUACGAUGGUGGCAUUCCGCAGCACUUUCAUGCACAGGUGUUCGAUGAGCUUACCCGUCAGAUACUUUACAAUGCAUCGUAUAAGUUUCCGGAGUUUAUGGUGAAGCGACUGCCUAGCGAUUCGGCCUUCAACAUACGCGUGACGGCCGUGAAUGCCCAAGGGGCUAGCAAGGUGGCCUAUCGAGUGCGUGGACGGACACUCUCCGCACCCCUGCUGCGCACAGCAUCGUCAACGGCUGUGCUGGUGCAAUUGACGCCGCUGCUGGGUGCACUAGUUGGCGUCAUUGCGACACUCUUUUUGGUGGCCAUUUGCGUUGUGAUCUUUAUUAAGUUUCGCAGCAAGCGGAGUCGCCAUCAUGCGACUGGAGAUGCCACCACAACCGAGGCGGACAAGGGCAGCGCUGAGCCGCUCUCCCGCAAUAUGGGCAGCCAUUCAAGUUUGGAGGACAAAAAUCCGGAUGUUGUGCCCCAGGAGGCCAACAGCGAGGAUGAGUUCCAUUUGGAGGAGAAGGCAUUCGACCGCUUGAAUAUGGAAUCUCAGCGCAUUUUGUACACGUCUCCGUCACGCAUUACCACCGCCUCGCCGCCGCCGCCCCCCUCGCUAUCACCCACAUUUGGCAAGCAGUAUGGCGAACUAUCGCUGACAACCAAUCCCGCAUUUAGUUUGUACAACACGCCGCAGAGAGCACCGGCGGCACAGCGUCCGAUUUAUACGGCUCCACCGCCGCUAUUGUCCACACGAACGCCCCCAAACAUUUAUACACGAAUACCGGGCAGGGGCAGCAGUGGAGGCACCUAUCAUCUGCCGGCGUAUGAGACGCGCACAUCGCCCACCUCGCCGUAUGGCUCGACGACGACCUGCACGAUGCCGCUCCUCAAUGGUCAAUCGAAUGGAUCCCUGCAGACGAACAGUGGCAGUCUUGGUGGCACCGCCUGCAAUACCCUGCCGCAUCCCGGCAGUCUGGGCCUCUCCGGCGGCGUCUCUACUGCAAUGACGAGCUCUGUGACGAGUGGCAAUAUAACAAUUGGUGCUGCCCAAACGCUGCUCACCUCGCCCCGAGCCCAGACCGCCUACAGCUUGGGGACGGGUACGCAAUCACCGCUGCUGAGCGUGGGCAGCUCUUUGCUGGGCGUGGUUGGUGGCGGUGUCGCUGUUGGUGGUGGCAACUAUGAGACGGUGAGCUCCUGAGAGUUAGCCAAAGAGGACAUUAAAUGUCAGAUCGUGUGCAUUGGGGGGAGCAGUACGUGUACAACAUCGGGCGCUGAGCGCACCACCAUUGUCUAGAGCCAACAGCGAAUACCGCCUCUAACCAGAACCCCUCUCCCCUUCAAGCCCCACAAACUGUAAUCCAUUGCUGUAUUAUAUAUAUAUAUAUACAUAUAUAUAUGUGUACUAGAAAUAGUUAAGCAGCCUCACAAACAACAUACACACAUAAAAGGUAUGUAAUAAUCCAAAAUACUUUCGUCCCAACUCCCAAAUAACAAAAAUUGCGAACAAACAAUUUAUAAGACUUCCAAAAAGCAAGAGAAAAAAGUACAUAUAUAAGAAAUGGCAGAGCGAUCAUAGAAUGUUUAGAAUUUAGCAGUUACAGACGCUGAAAUGACUUGAACCACAAGAGAAUAAAGCAUUUAUCAGUGUGUGUGUGUGUGUGUGUAUGUGUGUGAAUGGAGAGACAUAUUUCGGUGAAACCAGGCAAUACUGAUUAGUUAAGAGUACCACGAAUCACGAAUCGAAUACUGAGCCACAUUAGCUACGCAAAUAUACUUCAGUGAAAAUAAUGAGCUAUGCUUGUGAAUUCACCGAGACACUUAGUUUAAAGCAAAUACUUAAAAAAGAAAAUAUAUAGAUAUAUAUUAAUAUAUGUGUAUUAAUAACGAAAUGCGGAAUUUAGCUAUAGCCCGAGUUGUAAAUAAUAACUAGGCUAAGAGACAAGGAGAUCGAUCACAAGAUUAGCAUUAAUUGUAGUCAUUUAACUCGUGUAGUCUAAACUAAAUUAGUUAGUCACAUUGAAUCUACGAAAAGACUAUCCCCCUUUCAAAACAAAAUGAACAAAUCCUGACUAAAUUACUGACUCAUAUAUGGCAUAUAUAUAAAAGAU